AUGGUUAGACCACAUUGUGAAACCAUUGUGCAAGUCGUGGGUAUGCAACCCAGCCUUUCGCAGCCAUGGGGGCAGCCGCUGACACAGCCGCAGUCGGUACACAUAACGCCACGUGUUGAGGGAAUCUUCGAUUUGUGCCCGUGGUGCCGCAGUCUGUAUACGCGCAACUCUGAUUUCUGCCACAAGUGUGGUGAGCAACGACAUCCCUCGCAAGCUACCUUUUUGGAUGAUGUGCCGGAGUGCGCGCAGAAACUGCAGACACCUCUCCACACGGUCAUUGAGGAGUCCUCGAUUGAAGGAAUGUCCAGUAUGUUGUCGUCACACCCGAGAUCCAUCUACGAGCUGCACGAUCCAUUGAUGCGGAUGGGUGUCCUCAGCCAAGAUUUUAGUAAAUGUCCGCAUUGCCAUGACACAUACCCAGCAGAUGCAGUAUUUUGCCAGCAGUGCGGCCAGCCCCGUGAGUAUGACAGUGAGGGCAAUGAGCUGGUUUACAUCCAGGCGGAGUAUUUGUCAGUGACAGAUCCGGAAAGGAGGGCGCAGCUUGAAGAGGUGAAGGCCAUGCUUCAGCUCAUGCUAGAAGGUCGACCCGAUCUGGGCUAUAUGGGUGAUAAUGAUGUAAGGCCUGAAGCGGCGCCGAAUGGCUCGUCUCCAGCCGAUGUGUUCGAGUACAAGGGGUGGGUUCGCAGUCCCGAUUCCACAUUUGUGACAAGCGCUCCGGACAGACAGGGCACGCGUUCAUUGGAUGACACGGGUUCGAUGCCUUGGGAGCAGACGUCCCCAAAGCUGCAGCUUUUUGACCUUUGCCCCUGCGGGAGCCUGCACUUGCCUGAUGCAUGGUUCUGUCACCGGUGCGGCGCACGGAGGCUCGGGUCAGGCACCAACCCUGGCUCUGCAGCACAGUUGCGUUUCACUGAAGAGGUGCUGGCAGCGAGGCAGUGGAUCGAUCACAGCACCGCAAGUGCUGAAACGAUUUCGCUGACAUACGAUGCUUGUGAGCCGCAAUAUGAGUCGGACAUGAAUUGGUUCGAGUGGCUGACAUUGAUCCCGUCUGAGACCCCGGCGGAAUCAGGGGAAUCGCACUUCAUUCGCCAAGACUGGAACAUUGAUGACAUGCAUCACGCUCCACAGAAGCGAAGAUGGGCUGGGAAGCACCAUGAGUCAAUCACUGGCUGUGCAAUCCCCACUCUUCCGACCGCUGAUGAGCGGUUGACGGGCACCCCGCAUCGUCCCACGCGCAUCUCGAUUCGCCGCAGCUGUGUCUUGGAAGCACGACUCAGCUCAGCGGCGAACGAUGGAAGUCUCUGCGUCCCCGAGGCGAAUGUUCAGGUCAUUCAGACAGACCAGGCUACGCCACAUCCAGAGGUUUCAGCUUCUGAUGGCUGUGGCUCACUGCAGGAGCUGCGGCAUCAGGCACAUCUGGAGCAGCAGUUGCUGCAAAGCCAGCUGCAGCAAUUGCAAGGGCCGCAAGGGACCGAAGGAAGUUUGGGUGGACUGCCGCUGCAACAGCCACUGCAUCCAAGCCAGCUCUCACUCUUCCAGCCCUUGCGACAAAGUGAUGUCCCAAACAUCUGGGCUCCACACGCGCCAUUGCCGGAGAGCUGCCACCAGUCGCGCUUUGGCCAACCACUGCAAGAUCCGCUGAAAGCACAGCCAAGUCCGUGCGUCAGUUACCAGAUGGCGCCACCACCCUCCUGGUGCCAACAUGGGAACCCCGCUGCAUGCCCCAGCGCCAAAGCACCGGGAGCACCCGACUGGCAAAUGGAGCCGAGCACCUGGAUUCACGGCUUCAACGAAGUGCCUUCCCUCCUGCCUCCCCGUGGACUGGAUGCGCCAAAACUCAUGCUGAAGCCUUUGGUGCCGCCUGCACAAGUCUCGGCUCCAUUGCACGGAUGCGGUGUCGAGAGCCUCAGACCGCCCCAAGCACAAACACAAGGACAGCAAGGAUGGGUACUGGCACAAGACCCAGCAUCUGCAUCCUUCGAUCGUGCCUUUGGACCUGGGCCCGUGCCACUGGAGCAUCCAUGGUCCAGGGGAGCAGGUGGGACACUGGACUUCGGCACGGAUCCAGGUCUAAAUCGCCUGGCAGGUGUCAGUGCAAAACAGGACAAGGAGAUCCUGGCCACACUGCAUUCCAGUGGCUUCGCUGUUGACCUCAGCGCCGACUCUCGGCCGGACCUCAGCCAGGUUCUCGACACCAUGGUUGCCACGCAGGGCAGCGCUCACAGCGGGUUCGAUGCUGCAAUGGACAGGGCAGCUCAGCCAAGCGAGCUACGAUGUGGAGCACAAGUCACAAGCGAUGGAGCUUCUCAUGCUUCCUGCCUCCAUUCGACGUCCAACCCGAGCAGACCUUCCAAGCCAGGCCCAGCUGGCCAUGCAGAGGUGCUUCGAAGUGGCCCGAUGGUUGCUGCAGAGGAGUUCUUGCGCAGCUACAGACCUCAAAUGCAUCUGCAAAGUCUGAUGUAUCCAAAUGGUGCCAAAGUUGACUUCACCGAGCUGGCUCCUGUCUUGAGGGCCGUGGCUUUGGCAAACUCCCAGUCAGCUCCCAGGAUGCUCCAGGCCAUCGAAUCUGGCUCCCAUGUACGCACGGCGCUUCAGGUUUUCCGGGAGUGCGAUGCACAUGGUUGUGGCUUCCUCACGUGGAGCAACGGUGGCAUACGGGACUUCGUGAUGUCUGUUUUCAUUCAGCUUGGUCUUGUGCCACCAGCCGAGAUGCAGACGUACGCGGCACAUACCCUUUUCGACAUGAACAGGACCAUGUGCCUAUCAGCUUGUGAUUGCCUCUGUCUUACGGACACGCUCUUGCGUGCAAUUUUCCUGUUCAACUCUGAGGGCGAGGCCGAGUCGGUCGCCAAGGCUGCAGCUAAAGCUCGUCCAAGCACGAGCCCUCCACAACGAAGACUGCCUCGUGUGGUCCCGGUUGCAGAGGAGCUGGCAGAAGCUCAGGCCGAGACCGACAGGCUGAGGCGGGAGCUUGAAGAGCUGCGAGCUGCAGAAGCACAAGCGGAUGCCAUAGACACUGUGGAUGGCAUCGAGAGCGAAGUGCUGGCCCACGAACCCACGGUCUCUGCAGGUACAGGAGGACAUGCUGCAAGCGAAACAGCUGCAUUGGUGUGGACGGCAAGGGCACAUGCUGAGAACAGCCGAUUGGAGAAGGAGUUGAAGAGCCUGCGAUCGCUGGCGUCCAGGCAACGUGGUGAGGUGCAGUGGCUGCACGAUCUGCGAAAGCAGCUGAAGACAACAUGCCGCCAAGAGGAGCUGGAGCGUGAACACCAACAACUCGUGGAAUUACAAGAGGAUGCUGCCGAGGCAGAGCAGGAGCGAGAGCUGGAGCGGCGGCGAGAACAACGACUUGAAGCCUUGGUACAGGAGCGCCAAGAGCGCCGCAAGCGCAUCGAGCAGCGCGAACGGGAGCUUCAAGAGCAAGAGCUUGCUCACGAUUUGGAGCAGCAGCGGCUCCUGCGCAAAGAGCAGGACCUGCAGCUGCGAGAGAAGGAGCUUCAAAAGGAAAGGGAGAGGAGGCUGCAGCAGGCAGAGGUGCUUCGAGGCCAGGAGCUGGACUUCUCGCGAGAGCUGGGGCGGUUCAAAGGAAGCGGCGGAGUGCUUGCAGAGGAGAUGACCUCGCCGCCGAGUGCUAGUUCAGAUCGGUUGGAGCCCGAGGAGGAGGCAGAUGCUGACUCGGCCGAAGCUGCGGCACAGGCGGCCGCCCAGUCUCUGGAGAAUCGGAAGCUACGGCGCGAACUUGAAAGCCUGCGCGCGCUGGCGCAAUGGCAGCAGAGCGAGGUCGGAGCUGUUCUGGCCUGUCGCUCAGCCGAUGAGCCAAUCCAGCCAGACGAUGCCAGGCGCUCUUCACCAGGGCAGGUCGGCUCUCGGCCUAGAGGAUCGCUUGUGAUGGCAGCGUUGGCCGGUGAAGCCCUGGCACAGCGUGCUGAUCAAAGUGUCGAGGCCGGAGCACCUGUGAGUACACUGACGUGUGCCUGCGGGAAUACCCUCGCGCCAGAUGCUCUCUUCUGUCACCACUGUGGCCGAGCAGCCUCUGGCCAACUUCGCGAAGGUUUACGAUCCCCCGGGCGUCUGGAACCUUUGGCCCAGGAACCAACAGCAAGUCGUGUACGGCAACAGGGGCUCCGAAGCGGCAUUGAGGAGUACGACCGCACCGUGCGCGAUCUGAUGUCGCGAGUCCUGGGCCGACCAGGCGAUCCAGGAACGUGUCAAACCUACGCAGCCGCCGAGAAGCGAGUGAUAGAGCCAUGGGAAUCCGUUGAAUGGUCAUCGGCAGAGCAUGUACCGUAUUGGCAGAGCAUGUCCCGUUUGCAGGGGCUCUGCAUGGUGUUCAUUCUUCCUGCAUUUGCUGUAGAGGAUGCGUCUGUCCUGCUGCAUGUAUCGAGAUACCAGACGGACAGUGUCCUUGGGCCUUGUGCUCACUGCCAGAUCUUUCCGUUCGAUGCCUGGGCACCGUCGAUCCGAGCGGGUAAUUGCCACGAUUUUGAGAUACACUCGAGUUCAGCUCCCAGGACCACUGCGACGAUUACGUGCAACCUGGAGGGAGGCCAAAAGCAAUUCCGGUUUCCGCCUGGAAUAUUUGAAAUUCACGAGCAGCUCUUGGUUCCUGAGAGGACAUCCCUCAUAGGCGCGCAAGAUCCCAACAACUGGUCAGAGCCAACCCGAUCACCAAACUGGGAGGAGCAGACUCUCUUUCUUGCGACACGGGGCGUGACACAGUACAGCAUGGUCUACUGUCAUGCCGCGGACAUGGUCACAACUCGGGUGGGCUUUGUACUCAGCAGCUUUGUAACUGUGCGUAAUGUGAGCUAUCAGGGCAUUGACACGAUUCGACCCAACGACAAUGGAGCUCUUUGCGGUGGCGGUGCCUUCGAAACUAAAGGCUGCGCAGAAAACAGCUGCGCCGCGUCUGAUGUGAACAACGGUGGCUCAGAUGGCUUGGGGUCCUUCAAUGUCACGAUUGAGAACGUGCGCCUGAAUGAUUUCUUCUUUCCCGAAGACCGGACCAAGGUAGGGGCUUCCAUACCUGGAAACUACGACUGUAAGACGGACAAGUGGAUGCAGGAGUGCUGUUUCUGCAAGCCCAAUGAUGUGCGUUCGACUCAAGUGGGUGUAUGGGUUCCACAGACUCGGGAUCAAGAAGGAACACGCAACAUCCUCGUCAGAAAUUUGAUCUCAAGAAGUGCGCAGGCUGAUGCGAUCAAUCUACACGGUCGUGUGCGAGAUGCGGUUGUCGAGUUCGUGUAUUUCGAGAACACCGGUGAUGACAUGUAUGUGCUCUGGGGUGGUGAUGCGAACCCUGCGAAUGUCACUUUCCGGAACUGCAUUGCAGUUAAUCCAGGAAUCAUGCGGCCCAACUGGUAUGGAAACUGCGUGGCUACAUAUGGUCUCAAGUCGGUGGUCUUUGACAGCAUCACUUGUAGAGCUCCAGCGCCGCAGCACCCAAUCUUGCAGCCAGAAAGUGGGGAGUCUUGUAUUGACACGUCGAUGUUUGUGUUUUAUACCAGCUUUGGAGGUAGCUAUCCUACAGACAACAGCAUCACCAUCAAGAAUUGGACUUUCCAAGAUUUGGAUGGCAGGCCCUACACUUCAGAAGAAGGGUCUCAGACCACCUAUACGCCUGGCAAGAUGGUGUGGACUCGGGCUGCAGGAGUGCUGGCACCCUUCUAUUUGCCGAAUCAGAAGCAGCAAGUCAAUGUACAUGCUGCUCUAACAGCGCAGCGCGUCUUCAUGGACAAGUGGGGCGAGCAGCUUGAGCAGAUGCUGCAGAUGUGCGUCGUGCUGGUCCCCGUGCAGGAAGACGACGACGACAAAGCAGGAUUUUGGAGCCAGGCUGUGUACUCCCUCAGCGACCUUUUUAAUUUGUAUCGAACAGUGGUGCUUCGCAGCCCGGAGGAGAUUCCGGUGUGUGACUAUCCAGACGCAGGUGUGCAGGUGAUGCGACCUCCCUCCAAGGAGCUUCGCCGUGCACGUCUUUCGUACAUGCUUGCAGCUUUCGCUCUACGAGCUCUUCGAUCCAUCCAGGUGCUAAUUGAAAUGGAUGCAUUCCGGAGAAGUGGCUCCAAGCACGCGCUGCAGGUCUGCCUCAGAGUAGAGAUUGUGAAGUUGGUAUUGAAGGCAUUCCUCAGGUUUCGAAUGCCGUUCAACUUCUAUGUAGAUGAGGUUGCGAUCGAAGAUGCGGAACCUCCGAAGCUAUUGGAGCAGCGAAAUGCUGCUCUGCUUGGGAAGCGGGACGAGCAGACCACAACAUCAGAGGCAUCCCGUGUGCCUGAUGCAACUGCACAGACAGCCUAUGUUGGGCGGCGAACAGGCCGCUCGUUGAAGGCCUUAGAGGCUGCCGAGUCCGAUUCGCCGCCAGAAGCAGCGGUGGCGCCGCCGC